GCCUAGCUAGCUCACCACUCCCAUAUCUUUCAGCUUCCUGUGCACCCCUUUCUCCAUCACCAACCUUUGCUCUCCCUUCUUUCCCUUCCCUGGCUGGGCCUUCCCACUAGACCAAUUGAUGGAUCGAUGCAUAUGCACAUCAGUGGGAAUGGACACCAUGCUGAGCUGAGCUUAUAUCAACAUCGUUCGUAUACCUAUUACCUAGUCACUUCCAAUAUAGUCGAUCUCAUAUUUCUCAUGUGAAAGAGGAAGAGGAGAGUGCUCGACCAAGGAGUGAAGCAACUGUAGUACCAGAUCAAGAAGUAGAUCUUGCUAGGAACAUAUAAAGUACUCAAGUGCAGGCAGCUACUAGCGCUACUGCACUCGCCAAUGUUGCCUUACCACCCUAACCCUCACGGCUUCUGGAUCUCCCGAGAACCACCCGCGCAGGUGCCAAACCCUGCCAGCGGCUUCGCCGUGGCGCCUCCCGCGCAUCUGGACCAUCAGAUUCAGCACUACGACCACUUCUUCCCCGGCCACGGCAACCAGUUCAACUCCGAGACGCUGGAGGCGGUGCUCAUGAGGCCGCGUCCGCCGGCUCCUCCUCCGGCGGAGAUGCCGCCGGCUAACGAGGCAAGAACCGGCGCAGUGCAGGCCGCCGGCACCGGACAUGCCAGGGCGAGGAAGCGGUCGUUCAGGACGGACCGCCACAGCAAGAUCCGGACGGCACAGGGCGUCCGGGACCGCCGGAUGCGGCUCUCCCUCGACGUCGCGCGUGACUUCUUCGCGCUGCAGGACCAGCUCGGCUUCGACAAGGCCAGCAAGACGGUGGACUGGCUGCUCACCCAGUCCAAGCCAGCCAUCGACCGCCUAUCGUCCGAGUCCUCUCGGCUCAACGCCGCUAGAGCGGGAGAAGAUGGCAUGUCGUCGCUAUCAUCGGUGGAGCGGGAAGGCCGCCGGCUCAAGGAGACGGAGCUGGCUGCCGGGUCGGGAAAGGGGGCAGCGGAUGUGGAGAAAGCGAUGAGGGCGAGGGGUGGUGGAACGUCGGUGCUCAUGGAGCACAGACGCGAGAUGAACGGCGGCUUCAUGUCGGCUUCGAUGACUGGUGGGGAGUACUACUACGACCUCGGCGAGAUGAUGUGCAUCAACGCAGGAGAAUGCGACGACGAUGGCGAGUACGACGAAGACGGCGAUUUCUUGGACGGUAUGCAAUACUAGUUCCAGCCUUCCAGGUACUAGCGAUCGAGCAGCUUAAUUAGGUCUUGAUCUGCCGAGCGCAUCGUUGUCUUAGUUAAUUAUAUUGCAUGUGUACGGAUCUACUACUCUCUUGGUACUAUUUGCAAAUCUCAUGGUUUUGUUUUAUGGUGCUAUUUUUUCUUUGCUUUGAGGUGCCUCUUAAGAUUUUCUUGAAGUCCAUCGCUCUUUUUAAUUUCAUGCAACAUCUGGCUUUCUUUCAUGUCUUAAUUUGGGGAUUAUUUUGUAAGAUUUUGUUGAAGCUGAUCAUCUUAAGCUAGAGAGGGAGAAGCUAAAUGGUUGGUUUGUUCACUGCGUUUAUGCUCAUAAGAUGACAGUUUAUGUAGAUCAGCGAAGGUACUUGAGGUAAGGAGGAUAGACAGAGCGUAGAAAAGUUCAGCACAUGCAGUCAGCACUUUCAUGAUCAAACACAAGGGUAUCAGGAAACCGUAUGCAAAUAUAUAAAGAAUUCGUAGUGUUUAGCCUGUUUAGGUCUGUACCUUCUUGACCUAGAAUAAAUAAAGAUGGUCUUCCUCGCAAAUAAAAUAAAAUAAGGAUUGCCUAUUUUUGCUAAGUUGUACUUUCUUUCCUACACAAAAGCUUUGCAUCAGUAAAAGAAAAUAAGUUCCAUUUGGAUAUAUAUGUAAGUAACUCACUGGCUCAGUGUCCCUAUGAGCCUAGCUAACAUAUACUCCAUUUGGAUGGUGUAUAUGAGUUAUUAGUUGCAGUCUACAAAGUACAUGGUUAUCUGGAAUAUCUUUCCAGAAGCAAUCAUUUGCAAGUACACAUUGUUUUGGAUGGUUAGCUGGAGUUAUACAAGAGCACGACAAAAGGGAUAAAUAUCAGAUUCUAAGUUUAAAAGAUUUAGGACUGAAAAAGUUGGAAGUACAGGGUUUAGUAACUAAUACUUAUGCAGUUCACAAUCUUUAUUUGUUUGAUUUAGCUUCAUUCGUCAACUGAAACUUAGUUUCAUCCUAAUGUAAAUCAAGUUGAUGUUGUGGCAUCAUCCAUGAUAUAUAGUAUUCAGCUGCUAACAUCAUUACCAAAGGAGAAUACCUUGCUAUUUUCGUAAUUA